ACGAAGAAGGCAUUAACGGCCCCUGGGACCACACAAAUCCUGAUGUAAUUUCGAGGCGGGAAUAUCGAGCAUCCCGCCUAUAGAACGAUUCGACGUCCCUUCCUCCUCCUCGGCAAAGCCGGCUUAAUAAUCACCUUGACAUCCACACGUCGGUGGGCAUAACAUGCCGAAUAUAAAAACCAGGAGAGACUCGAGGUAGACUAUUAGUCUCGCCGGAUCGCAGAACCGGUCACUUCAGACUCUCGUGUAUUGCUUCGGGUCAAUUUCGUCACCGGGAUUUGUACUCUUAUUUACCCAGUUUCGAUGGUUUCCGGCCGAAUUUUGCUACCCUAUUUUUGAAUUAGAAAAUUUUCUACGAAUAAAUUCGUUCGUUCGAACGAGGAGAAGAAUAAAAAGACAAUUAUAACAAAGUAAGAAUUUUCACCAUGGACGCGGCAAUUUGGAACGUCAUUUUGCUGGUAGCAGUAUUCUGCAUUUUCGGAACACAAGCUGGGGGAUGUUCCGGUUUCAAAAUGCUUCGUAAAGGAGAACUCAGCUGUACGGAGAAAAAAAUCAUCGUCGACGAACACAACAGAUUGCGAUCUGCUAUCGCCAUGGGGACAGUCAGCGGACAGCCUGCAGCCUCUAACAUGAUGGAAAUGGUAUGGGACGACGAGCUGGCUUAUCUCGCCCAGAGAUGGGCUAAUCUUUGCAACGAAUAUCACGACUCUGACAGGACUGUCGGCCGGUUCACAAUCGGUCAAAAUCUUGCCCUUUCCUGGACGACCAGGAAUCCGAGUUCGUCGUUCGACGCUGCUCCAGAUUUUGUGCACCAGAUCAACAACUGGUUCAACGAGGUACGAAGAUACAACCCCAACAGCAUAAACAGCGGUACCGGCCAUUUCACUCAGGUUAUCUGGGGUAACACCUACGCCGUUGGGUGCGGGUACUCUUACUACUGGGACCCUCGCCGUGGAUACACAAAAAAUUACGUCUGCAACUACGGACCCAGUGGUAAUGUCCUUGGAUACCAGCCUUACCGCACUGGUAAGCCAUCGUGCGCAAACUACGGAAUGAACUGGUCGAGACUGUAUUCUGGACUAUGCUCAAAGGGAUUUUAUCAUCCUCUUGGAGCUCAUUGCACGACUUACGGUUAAUUGCGGUUGAUGAGAAAGAGCGGGGAGAAAAAUAUGACAACGUUCUCCCUACGUGAGAAAAAUUCGCGUACCUAUCAUCGCUGCAAUUUGCCGCGUUCGUACGAUAUAAACGACUGCGUCGACAUAUGUAAUAUUGAAUCGCACAACUAUGCAACCCAGAAAAAACAGUUCAGGCAACAUUGCGAAGAGAAAGCCUGGAAGAUGCAUUUGGACUACUGUCAUCAAGAUCGGUUGUAGUCAGUUGCAUUCUAUUCCGCUUUCUUGAACUUGAUGUUUUUUUCAUUUGUUCUAGUACUUCUUCGGAUAGUUAAGUGCCUUAUUCUUACAUAGUUACGUUCACAUUCAUCGUGGCAUCAUUAAAUUGCUUCUAGUCUUUUCUUAGUUUAAUAAGCAUUUAGUUUUUUAAGUACCGUUCGAUAUGAAUAGACUCAGGUGUGGUUAUUAUCUAAUAAUACUGCAUUCGCCACUCCGUACAUAUAAGAUUUUGUUUGUGGAAGAUAGUUUUAUCAGGACGUAUACGAGAUCGCUGGUCCUCAGCUCUAUAGGCUUUAUUGACUCUAAAAAUUGCGCUAUAGGUUCAUCAACGUAUAAUUAUAGUUAACAUACCGCGCACGGUAUGGAUCUUGUCACUAAAAGUUUAUGCACGAUGCAAAGCCAAAUUUAAUAAUUUUGUACGUACUAUAUGUAUGAUAAAAUAAUGAUACGAAUUGUUAUUAUGAUACAGCAAUUCAUGCUGCAAAUGUGAUAGAAAAAUUAGAUAUUACGAAUAUUUAGAAACGAUAUCUAAUGUUAUUAACGACACUCUGGUUAUUCAAUGCAAAUUAAUUGAACGAUAUUGAAUCGAUUAUACUCUACACUAUAUUCAUCAUUACAUGCUGUAAUAGUUUGAUUACUUCUAUUUGGUUAUGUAAACAUCUCAAGAAAUCUCAAAAUAAAAAAAUUCUUCGAAUUAUUAUCCACCAAACAUUUUCAAUGAUGAAAUUGUGAAGAACAGAAACAGUAAGCCCAGAGCUAUGUAACUAACUAAAGCGAAACUCAAGA